AUGUGUAAUGUUAUAUCACUUAUUUGUUUAAUUCUCACAUUUAUGACAUACGUUUUAUUCAAAAGUUUGAGAACAGUUCCUGGUCAAAAUAACAUGACCUUAGUGUUAUUUACAAGCAAUAUUCUUGUAUCUUUUAUUGACAAUGAUUAUCAGUCCAUUGGAUAUGGAGGUGAUUUGUGCUUUAUUGUUUUUAAAUUGGCAGCAAUUAUUACAUUUUUAUGUCCAGUUGGUAUUAUCUUGUUGUCAAAUGUUAUUAUGUUUGCUGCAGCAGUGUUUAACAUUUGCAGUUCUCCACACGUGUCAUCAGAAAAUGUAUCACAUGAAAAAAAGAACAACAUAGUCAUAUACUUUAAGUUGUUUGCCAUAACUGGCUGCACUUGGUUACUACAGUUUAUUGAUGCAUUGUUCCCGAUAUCAAUGUUCACGGUUUUAAUUUCAAUGUGUAAUUUGUUGACGGGGAUAUUUAUUUUCAUGUCAUACAUUUGUAACGAGCGUGUUUUAGAAUUGUACAAAUCCAAAUUUAUAGGUGGCAACAAGUAUCUCUUUUCUGGUAUAUCACCAAAGUCGGCAACAAAUCAAACAACAUUACAUUCCUGA